AUGGAUCUUUGCAUUGUUAACUCAGGUGAUGAUUUCCGGGAAAUGUUGUUUCUGGAAGAGUUCCUGACUGAGGAAAAGAUCUCUUAUUGUCAGGAUGUGUGCGAUUACUGGGAUUAUGAUUGCAAAGAUAACUUUCCACUGGAAGAGGAAGUGCCAAAGUACGUCGACGCAAUCAUCGCUGGGCUUACGACGGUGACGUCUGAUGAACUCCUCAAAUGGUUGUUACUGGUAUUAAAGCUGCUUUUCCUGAUACCGAGUCAGUGGAUGUAUUACCCCGACCGCCCUGAGCCUAGCCUUGAGGAACAACAACUCGAGUCCCUUCUUGAUGUGAUUCAGUCUAAAACCCACCACUUGCUUCACUAUGAUGCGAUAGCAGUGGUGGCUGGUAUCUGGUACAACCAACGAAAGGCGGUUCAAUAUCUCGUGACGAGAGAUGACGAUUACCCUCAGUAUUAUGAGUUCAACGACGAGGUGGUGGUGAUGGCCGGCGGUCACUCGGGUUUCCUUUACAAGGAUUGGAGUGAUUAUCAUGACUUGGUACUUGCUCACGUUGGUUAUGACGAGGAAGACCUCCGUGAAUGGGUGGAGGAGAACUAUAACCUUUUGAACAAAAUUGUGGGGAAAGAUUUGUGGUACAGGUAUGUGGACGAUUGA